AUGCGCUAUAUGAUUGUAGUAUUAAUUAUUUGCGAGGCCGUGCCUGAGAUCGUGCGUGGCGCUCACUUCAAGCUGAACAAUGUGGCCUGCCGCUGCUAUGACUUGACGUACUGUGAGUUCAGGCAAUGCGAGCUGACCAUCAAGCGGCGGGGCGUGGCCGCCUUUAGUAUGCACAGCGUGCUGCAUCAGACGCCGGUGAACAAUAUCUUCAUUAAUCUGGAGCUGUUCAAGAAAUCGAAUGGCUAUCGCUCGUUCCUGCUCAAUCAGAGUCUCGACUUCUGCUACUACAUGCGCAAUCCGAAGGCCUAUGUGUUUUUUCACUCCUUCCACAGGACUUUCAUAGCCGUCUCUAACUUCAAUCACACGUGUCCCUAUAAUCACGAUGUCAUUAUUAAUCGAUUUUCAUACGAGAAGGGUGCAUUGAUGGAUCUGCCCAUGCCGAAUGGUGACUAUAUGUUGUAUCUGAAGCUUUCGGUAUCUAAGGUCUGGCGUGCGGAACUUAAGAUAUAUGUAACGCGAUCUGAUUGACAUUAAACUA